CUUUUCUGUGUCAUUGUCAUGGCUCGCACCAAGCAGACGGCGCGCAAGUCGACGGGCGGCAAGGCCCCGCGCAAGCAGCUGGCCACCAAGGCGGCCCGCAAGAGCGCGCCGGCCACCGGCGGCGUCAAGAAGCCGCACCGCUACCGGCCCGGCACGGUGGCCCUGCGCGAGAUCCGCCGCUACCAGAAGUCCACCGAGCUGCUGAUCCGCAAGCUGCCGUUCCAGCGGCUGGUGCGCGAGAUCGCGCAGGACUUCAAGACCGACCUGCGCUUCCAGAGCUCGGCCGUGAUGGCGCUGCAGGAGGCGUGCGAGGCCUACCUGGUGGGGCUCUUCGAGGACACCAACCUGUGCGCCAUCCACGCCAAGCGCGUCACCAUCAUGCCCAAGGACAUCCAGCUGGCGCGCCGCAUCCGCGGCGAGAGGGCGUAAUUCCCCAAGGCUGUCCCCUCCGGACUUUGAAAAAGGCUCUUUUCAGAGCCCCCUACUUUGUCAAAAACUGUUGUAACGCUUUCUUUCCGAUUGCUCCCUUGGUGAAAGUAAGUUUCUCUUUUUCAAGAAUACUCUGAAACUGUAUUAGAUGGAUCCGCCAGUUUUUAUAACAAAGAAUCGGCUUUGGAUUCAUAGUAAUUCUGUGUAAUGUGUAACAUUCCGUUACUUAGUCUUUCAAACUGCAGUUGUUUGAUAAGGGCAGAGAAUGGCUUAUAGGUAUUAAAGAUCAAAAGGGAUACUAUUGUUGGGAUUUCCUUCUUUACAUGCAGCCUUUUAUAUCCUUUUGGAGUUGAAAGAAAAGAGCAACGUUUACGAUUUCCAUCCUCAGAGUCAAAGUCUAGGUGAAUCAAGUGAAAUGCGUUAUUUCUUUUUAAUGGAUCUCCAGCCCACUGGAUCGGCCCCAGUAGACUAAAAAGUAAAUACAAACAUGAUUCCUUUUGAGGUGGAGAAAUUGGUCUUCAUGCCACUACAUUAUAUGUUCUCGAAGUGUCGAGUUCAAAAUAAUAAGCUGUCUCAUUGUGAAUUAUUCUGAUAUAUAACCAUCAGUAAGGGAACAUCAGGAAGAUGAACCUAGUUCAAAGCAAUAUAGGACAUUAUCAAGAUCAGCAAUAGUUCAAGAAAGUGAAGGAAACUAGGACAGUCUCCCCACAAUAUUCCUCUUUGACAUAAAAAUUGGGGGCUAAAGGCAGUUAAGCAGCAAUGACAGAAAAAGUGUUGUGGGCCCUUCCCCUUUUCCGCCUUAAGACAGGAUAUAAAUUCUAUACUGGAGACUCUUAAAAGCCCAGAGAGGGACCAGAGGAAGCCGCAGACAAACCUUACUGUUAGCUUCCUCCCAUAUACCUACCUUGCCAUGGUUUUCGGUCCUUCAAGGCCUAAAACUGCCUUCCCUUGUCCAGUCAUUUCUCCACACAUUCUUUGUUGAAGAUGCUGUGUAAGCUGCAGUGCUAAGGUACCUCUUCCAAGGGUUCUUCCCUGGGUUUCUCCCAUGUGUAUGCGAAAUAAACACGUUAAUAAACUUCUCAUUGUUUUUAUCCUGCUAA